CCUUUUUUUUUUUUUUUUUGAUCAACACGAUAAAAAAUAAUCAUAAGAUUGUUAUCAAGAAACCAUAUGGACUCUCAAAGUUUUGUUCAUCAUUUAUGCUUUUGGGGUUUUGCUAAAAGAAAUUAUUAGGGGUGGGGUUCUUCUUGAAACCCUAAAUUGCAGGUAGUGGACUGUGCUGGACCUUUCGCUUCGCCUGCCUUCUCUGCUUCGUCGCGCCUAUUGCAAUUUGCGAGCGAACAUGCAGGCCAGUGAUAGAUUUAACAUCAAUUCCCAGCUUGAGCACCUUCAGGCUAAAUAUGUGGGAACCGGGCAUGCCGACUUAAACAGAUUUGAGUGGGCAGUGAACAUUCAGCGUGAUAGCUAUGCAUCUUAUGUUGGACAUUACCCCAUUCUAGCGUACUUUGCUGUAGCAGAAAAUGAAUCUAUUGGGAGGGAACGCUAUAACUUUAUGCAGAAAAUGUUACUACCCUGCGGCCUUCCUCCAGAAAGAGAAGAUGAUUGAGAUUGUUAUCAUUAAGUAAUUUAAGUUGUAGUUAAGAUUGCGAAUGAUUAGUCAUUAUAGUGUUAAUGAAUUUCUUCUUUAUGAACCAAUGAUAUGUUUGGAUGGGCAGGAAGUGUACGAUUCAUUUUCCCAUGUUCAGGUUAUGUAAGGUUAUAAUUACGUAUAAUAGCUGUUGGUCUCGUAUUUGUAUGGACUGAAAUAAUUAAGAAAUGGAAGUUUUCAUUAGUUAAUUUGUUGAUUGAA